CACGCCCCUUGCGGCGGGGUGGGAGCCCAGCCGCACACCGCGCAUGCUCCGAGCGCGGCGCCCCCGACGCGGCGUUCGGCUCGGCUCGGGCAUUUCCGCCUCUUUGUUUUAAACUCCGGACGGGCUUUUUUUCUCCUCCUCUUGGGGGGGACCCAGAGGGAGCGGCGCCCCCUCCCCCCCCUCCGGCGCGGACCCCGCGUGCGCCUUGCUCGCCCGCAGCCCCGAGACCGCAGGCGUCACAAUGUAGCAGGGACCCCAGGCGUCGUGCUCAGAAAAUGGAAAAAGAGCCAGGGCCGGAAGGAGGGUGCAGAAGCGAGCCCGCGUGCGGAGCCAGGAGGCAGCGUCGCGUGGGAGUGCUGGCCUGAAGCCUCCAUGCCCCGGCAGAGGGACGGACACGCGGACGUCUAGCGGAGAAGCCAAAGAUGUUGACCAGGAAGAUCAAGCUGUGGGACAUCAACGCCCACAUCACCUGCCGCCUGUGCAGUGGGUACCUCAUCGACGCCACCACGGUGACGGAGUGCCUGCACACCUUCUGCAGGAGCUGCCUGGUGAAGUACCUGGAGGAGAACAACACCUGCCCCACCUGCAGGAUCGUGAUCCACCAGAGCCACCCCCUGCAGUACAUCGGUCAUGACAGAACCAUGCAAGAUAUUGUUUACAAAUUGGUACCAGGCCUCCAAGAAGCGGAAAUGAGAAAGCAGAGGGAGUUCUAUCACAAAUUGGGCAUGGAGGUGCCUGGAGACAUCAAGGGGGAGACCUGCUCUGCAAAACAGCACUUAGAUUCCCAUCGGAAUGGUGAAACCAAAGCAGACGACAGUUCAAACAAAGAGGCCGCGGAGGAGAAGCCGGAGGAGGACAACGACUACCACCGCAGCGACGAGCAGGUGAGCAUCUGCCUGGAGUGUAACAGCAGCAAACUGCGGGGACUGAAGCGGAAGUGGAUCCGCUGCUCCGCCCAGGCGACCGUCUUGCAUCUAAAGAAGUUCAUUGCCAAAAAACUCAACCUUUCGUCCUUUAACGAGCUGGACAUUUUAUGCAAUGAGGAGAUCCUGGGCAAGGACCACACGCUCAAGUUCGUUGUUGUCACGAGGUGGAGAUUCAAGAAGGCGCCACUCCUGCUGCACUACAGACCCAAGAUGGACUUGCUGUGAAUGGCGCCGCACAGCACCUGCAGACUGGGCCCUUGCACCCCUGGGUGCUCCCGGCCACCGCGCUUAAGAACGUUGCCUCUGGGUGUCAUGUGGACCAGACUUCUGAAUAGAGAAUAUUUAUAACUUUUGUAUGAGAGAGAAUUCACACUCAACAAGACACUACCAGCACCACGUUUACAGAGGAUGAAAACACUUCACAGUCUCCCAGAGCCGAUCGUCCUCUCCCCAACCCCCCACCCUGUGCUUCAGCCUCGCAGGCGAGAGUGAUUCUCGCAGGCAACACGGUUCUGAGUCACCUUCUGACAUGAGCUCCCUCUGCUUGCUUUCCAGGUCUUGAAAAUCUGAAUUCACUUCAGUUUAGUUUAUGAAUUAGGUUUCAUGAUAAGCCUCAAAUAAUAGUUGGACUUUUAUUGAAUCCUUCCUAAGUUAUUGAAAAAAUAUCUUCAUGGUGAAUGACAAUAUUUAUGUUGCCUUUAGCUUCUUGAAGAUUUAGAAGUUAUAUGAAAAAUUAAUUUAAAAGCAAAUCAAAAGAGGUUUCCAUUAACAUUAUGAUUUGACCAUUGUAUUCAAUUUCCCACCUUAUGAAACACGACAGCAGCUCCCUGACUGGUUCACCUUUCACUUGGGGCUCACUCUCACUGGGGCUGACACACCCAGCCCUGGAAACAGGACCCCAGACUCCACAUUGCGGUUUCUGACACGCUCAGCAGGUAGACCAGAGGCCAUGUGACCAGCUCAGUGCUGGUUUGCAGAACAAUUCUUAUUUUUAAAAAUCACUUGUAUUAAAAAUGGCACAAAUUGUUGAGUGUCGCCAUUUGGUUUCCUACGUUUUCUUUCCCCGUUUUUUGCUGAAGGGAGAGGUGGUGGUGGUUGGGAUCAGAGCUCUCCUGGCGUCCGUGGGCAGGAUUGGCUGGUGGUUGCUUCGGGCUCAUGCCCAGAUGCACUCACUGCCCCCUCUGUCCAAGGCCUCCCCUUCCCCUUUGCUGGUGGGAGGAGCUUGUUGUGCUCCUCGGCCCAUUACUGUGAAGGGCGUUUUUCUGAGCUGCAGGGACAGGGUGAGCAGCUGAAGGGCUCGGAGGGAAGGUGACCCCCACUCUGCAGAUGCUGCAUUUCAGCUGAAGCUGUGUUUCAGCCUCAGUUGGUUGCAGUGUCAGCCCCUCUCCUCCUGGAUGGUCAUGUUUUUGUCACAUUAGAGAAUAAACUGCCAGCACACACACAUUUUUUUUUCCUUUAAAACAGUAACUUGGAAGUGUGGAAAGGCCAGGAGGAGGAGCAAGGGCUGUUUCCUGGAGCGAUUGAGGUGUUGUCCUGCAGUUGUCGUUGUCUUCUCCGCCAGGCUGUUCCCAUUUAUUUCCUGUGGAACUGAAUCCCUCCUCCCUCCGCUCCCUGGGAGCCCAGGUGGUCCCUGGCCACCACUCAGGCUUUCCAAGAAGCCAUCCACCUUGGACAUUUUUUUCUUGAAUUUCGCUGUUAUCUUCUGCUUCCUUUAGGUAAAAAGCAGCUCAAGAGACCUCAUCUUAGGGAUGAGGAAAACAUGCAUAUUAAUUCCAUCUGAGUGAUUGUCAGUGUAAGGCCUUUUAAAACAAAAGCAAGUUCUUUGUUAGGAAUUGGUCAAAAUUCACCUCUUUCUUUAAGCCCAUCAACUCCCAGGAUGGUUUGAGUUACUCAGUUACCUAAGCUUGCUGUUCAUCCAAAUCAUUUUCUAGAGUCACUGUAUAAGGGUCUAUGAGUAGCUGUGUAUGAAUAAAUAUUACCUGUCUACCUCAAAAUAUACAUACUGCUGAAGCAUUCUGUACAACCGUGUGUUAUCACAGUGCAGUUUUAAGUGUAACAUGAGAACUUAGGCAUUUUCCUGUGUGGCGGAAUAAGAAAGGAUUAAACAGUUACAAGCCUCCAAAUUAAAAUAAAAUUAAAUCACAGUUCAGAUUAAACUGAAUAUCAUUGUAAUAAUGUCAUAAUAUAUAUUUGUAACUUUGUAGCUAUCUUUGAAAUCACUUGACUUUGCUAUGGUGCUAAGCUGAUAUAUUUAAAUACACAGAGAGACGGGUGAGUGGAGCCCGUGUUGAUGUCUCCAGCCGGUGGUGACCCUGCUUUUGUAACCGCAUUAACCUGACAAAACCUCAGCAGCAGAAGUCCCUAUUUUUCUAGGAGUUCAUCGUGCAGACAGUCUUCACUACAGGACUCGGCCCUGGGGCCUCUGCCUCUCGUCUGACCUUGCAGCCUUAGUCGUUGGAGGCUGGAGUGCAAUGGCCCCGCCGUCCGUGGAGCCUCUGGGCGGCCUUCUUUCCUUUCUGUCAAGCUCUCAUUUCACAGAAAAAGGCUGAAUUUCAUUUUUUCCAGCAUGAAAGCCAGGAUCGGUUAAUGAUUGGAUUCUAUUAAGUGGUUUUGUUUUUUUUUUUUUUAAAACAGAUGGAGUUACUGUGAAGAAGUUUUCACAACUAUUUAUGCUGGUAAAACAAAUGCUGUUAAAUCACCUUAUGCGUCGUUUUCAACAGCAGUGGGGCUAAUUACCCGGAAUACGGUCUCACCAAUGCAGUUUUCAUGGAAAUAGAAAAUUCAAAUAGAAUAUAUAAUAUUGAAUUUAAGAUUUGGGGGGUUAAAAAAGAAAACUUAACUUUAUAAAAUUAUUUAUUCUAUUUUAAGCCUUCUAUCAUAUUUUCCCAUCCAAUUGUUUGGUUUCAGUGGUCCAGCUUUAUUUACAGGCAUAUAAAAUGAAAUUGUGAGAUGUUUUGCAAGCUUCUUUUUACUUUGAGUAGCUUUUAAUUUGUAUGUUUUUGUUUUAUGUGGAUGAAGAGCAUUUUUUAUGCUUUUGUGCAAUAGGUUCCAACACACAUUUAUUAGACAUCUGUUUAAAUUGUAAUGUAGCAUUUAUUCUGCUAAAUUGAAAGGGAACAUAGAUGGAAUUCCAAAAUAUAUACAUUCAGCUUUUGGUUUUUCCUUUUUCAUUGUUAUUAUUGUGAGAAUGCUGUUAUUGGGGUUGUAUGUGAGUGCCUGUCAGCCUGUGAUGCCUCGGGCCACGCUGUGGGGCCACCUCGGUCCUGCCUGGGUCCUGGUGCUUUGGACCCCACGUGCUUGUGGCCAGGCCGCCCCGAGGCGGGGCCAUGUGGCCUCAGACCACAAGAGCAGAGCUGCCCUGGCCCAAACACUGCAGCUGCCUGCACCCCCGGGCUUUGCAGCCUUGCUUGUUUUCUCUGAAUGGCAACAGAACGGCAUUCACAGUGAUUCAAAGGGUGGCAUUGGGUUGGACGUUCUGGGUAUGAGCCAGCCUGUUCCCACAUUGUACGUGAAUGUUUAAUGUGCUCUCAAAACAUGGAAAAUAAGUUUAGUGCACAUAGCUAAAUCACAAAACAUCCAAUUCUCUGUUUCCUCAGGAAGUCAUUACUGCGCCACCACAUCACGUGACCUUAACAUGAUCAAUAUCUUUCUCUGCCUUGACAUUUAAAUAAAUAAAUUGAGAUAAGUAGAUUAGAAAAUCAUUCAAAUGAUACCAUAAUCUGUACAAAUAUUGUGUCCCCUGCUAGGCAGGGGACAGGGUGCGGGCGAUGGCCACGUGGCCAAGGCCCCGCAGGAACGCGCCGAGGUCUCCCUCACCCUCCAGGUGUCCUUCGCACCCAAUAGUGCGUCUGAGGAACGAACUGCAGUUUGAGCGUCCCCUGAGAUGUGCGUAGCCUCCGUGUAAAUGUCCACUCCCAUGGCUUAAUUGGCUAUCAGACGCAUUUUCCCAGACGAAAACAAUGUUGGGUUAGGGGACGACGGUGCAGCCACCCAGCCUUUACCAGCAGCGUGCGGCAGACGAAGGCAGUUGAGGUGUGGAGGUGAUCACGCAGAUACAUGUUUUUGACUGUUUAAUUUGAAAGUUUACAUUUUUUAUGCUUUGUGUUGGUGUGUAAUUUUUGUACUCUUGGUGGCUAGUUUUUGUCAAAUCUUUUUUGGAAUAUUGCUUAAAUGUUUUGAUUUUAUGAUAGUGAAGCUUGUAUUCAGUGUUUUGCCAAUUAAUAUUAUAUGCUUGUAAUAAAAGCAAAAGAAAAGCUUAA